CAGAAGAUGCUGAAAGUGAGAAGCCUCAUAUUACUCAGAAUCAGUCAGUCUACAAGGUUGAGAACAACAAUUCAUUGUACGCCCGUAGCACGCAGGAGAGACGAAUGCCAAACGGCGGCUAUCCUCAGGAUAUUGGCGAACUGAGCUCAGGAAAAAUGUUGAGAAACGGUGACGUGGUGGAAGAAGUUGAUGGAAGGAAAACGAAGAGGUGGCCCACGGACAAGGCUUACUUCAUAGCCAAGGAGCUUCUCAUGACAGAGAGGACGUACAAAAAGGACUUGGAUGUUAUUAACAUUUGGUUCAGAGAGGAGUUAUCAAAGGAGUCGGAGAGCGAGGGUGAUUCACUCGUUACUCUCAUAGAGUUGCUCGCAGAUGCCCACGGACCGUGCCUCCAGGAAAUGGAGGUCAGGUUAGCGCGCUGGGAAAGUAACGCGCGCCAUAACAUCGGCGACUACCUUUACAAUGCUUUGCUCAAUGUCCUUCCGCUUUACGACCAGUACCUCGAGAACCUGAUGCCGGUGCUAGAGAAGUUCGAGUAUUCCAUGCGUACCUCAAAACAUUUUGACCAACUCUGCAGAGACUUCGAGCUGCAGAAGCAUUGCUAUCUGCCUCUGACAAGUUUUUUAUUGAAACCCUUGCAACGUCUACUUCAUUACAACAGUAUUAUCGAUAGUUUAUUAGAUCAUUAUCCAAAGGAUCACACAGACUUCGAAGACUGUUUGGCUGCGAGAGAUAGAUUAGGUGAAACAUUGCUGGAAGGAUUGACAGUUCUUAACCAAGCAGAAAAUUUAGUCCAAUUGUGCGAAUUACAACGAGAUAUCAGUGGGUUUGAUAACUUAGUACAAGAAGGUCGGAGGUUUAUAAGACAAGGUUGCCUACAAAAAUAUAGUCGUAAAGGCUUCCAGCAAAGAAUGUUUUUCUUAUUUUCCGACGUAUUACUUUAUACAUUCCGAUCUCAGCAACCUACACAAUGCUUCAGGGUCCAUGGACAAUUGCCUUUAAAAAAUAUGAAAGUCCAAGAGAAUGACAAUAAAACUGGUACAGAUUAUGCUUUCAUCAUUCAUGGCAUUGGCAAUCAAUCUUUGACGGUUGCUGCCUGCAGUGAAGAGGAAAAAGAAAGAUGGUUAGAGGAUCUCAAUACGACAAUUGCUCAAAUUGAUUCGGUUGAAGGGAAAAUGCCAUAUUUAAAUUUAAAAACUUGCAUCUUGGGAUCUGUGGAUGAAGUUGGAGAUGGUGUUGGAUGUGAAAGUGAUCGUACUAGUUGCGGUGGAGCAAAAACAUCUCAACGACGCAACACGACAGUUCAUGGAUGUUGGCAUCGAAAUACGAGUAUUAGCUAUAGUGAUCAACUACGAGCAUUUCAAAAUCAGCUCAGUGGUUUUCUAUUGCGCAAAUUCAAAAACAGUAACGGAUGGCAAAAACUAUGGGUUGUAUUCACCAACUUCUACCUAUUUUUCUAUAAAUCGCAUCAAGACAGCUUCCCUCUUGCAAGUUUACCUCUUUUGGGUUAUAUGGUGUCACAGCCAUCGGAUAAAGACGGUAUCAACAAAGACUUCGUUUUUAAAUUGCAGUUCAAGAAUCAUGUAUAUUUCUUCAGAGCGGAGAGUGAUUAUACGUUUGGAAGAUGGAUGGAAGUCAUUAAAAGUGCUACGCAACAAAGUCAUACAACAACAAGCUACAGUUUUAAAGAGGAAUAUUAAUUAAUGUAUGUGAGUGAAAAAAAAAAAUUACAAAUGUAUGGUAACAGCUAUUGCUUUACUUGGAUUUUUCUAAAUAUGUGAGA